GUGUGACAGGGUGAGUCAAACAUGUCAGUGAGCGUGUGCUGCUGGUAUUGUAAUGUGAUUUACAUCUGCCUGAUGUCACUGAUGCUGCUGCAGCACACAUGUUGUGCGACUCUGGAGUAUGAUGGAGAAUACGAGGACGUCAUCGUGAACCAGAUGUUAGCUCCUAAAUCACAGGAAAGCGACGCCACAGAGAUUCUUAACAGUCUGCUGAGAGAGUACGAUAAAAAACUGAGACCUGACAUCGGAGUGAAACCAACUGUCAUUGAUGUGGACAUAUUUGUGAACAGCAUUGGACCAGUGUCAUCCAUUAAUAUGGAAUACCAGAUCGACAUUAUCUUUGCGCAGACGUGGACCGACAGCCGCCUCAGAUACAACAGCACCAUGAAGAUACUGACUCUGAACAGCAACAUGGUCGGACUUAUCUGGCUUCCAGACACCAUCUUCAGAAACUCCAAGAACGCAGACUCACACUGGAUCACAGUUCCGAACCAGCUGCUCCGAAUAUGGAAUGACGGGAAAAUACUUUACACCUUAAGACUGACGAUAAACGCAGAAUGCCAGCUGCAGCUGCACAACUUCCCAAUGGACGAGCACUCGUGUCCGCUAGUCUUCUCCAGCUAUGGAUACCCACGAGAUGAGAUGAUUUACAAGUGGAGGAAGAACUCUGUGGAGGCAGCCGACCAAAAGUCAUGGCGUCUCUACCAGUUUGAUUUUAUGGGUCUGAGAAACACGACGGACGUAAUCAAGACGACGUCAGGAGACUACGUGGUGAUGACAGUUUACUUUGACCUGAGCAGGAGAAUGGGUUACUUCACCAUCCAGACUUAUAUCCCCUGCAUCCUCACCGUCGUCCUAUCAUGGGUUUCCUUCUGGAUCAAAAAAGACGCCACACCUGCCAGAACUGCUUUAGGUAUCACCACAGUGUUGACAAUGACGACUCUCAGCACAGUGGCCAGGACAUCAUUACCCAGAGUCUCCUACAUCACUGCCAUGGACCUGUUUGUCACCGUAUGCUUCCUGUUUGUCUUUGCCGCUCUGAUGGAGUACGCUACGUUAAAUUACUACUCAAACAGCACCAGAAGACCUGGCUGCAGGAAACCCAGGAGACCAAACUACUCCGUCCUGGACGCUCGACCUCCGCACACCGUCAUCACUCUGAACAACUCCAUGUACUGGCAGGAGUUUGAAGACCCGCAUGUGUGCGAGUGUCUGGACGGAAAGGACUGUCAGAGCUUCUUCUGCUGCUUCGAGGAGUGUAAAGACGGAGCGUGGAGAAAGGGACGCGUCCACAUAGAUCUACUGGAACUGGACACAUACUCGCGGGUCUUUUUUCCUACGUCCUUCUUGCUCUUCAACGUGGUCUACUGGGUGGGUUAUCUCUACCUUUAGCACCCGUGUGGUUCUGGUUCCAAAGGCAGAACAGCACAAUCUUUCAGGGGAACUUAACGUCGAACAACGAAGGUAACACCAAACAAACUCUGGAUCAGUUACCUGGAGACAAACACACCUGUGCCAUGAUGAACACAAACUUCUCAGACAGGAAACUUAACAACGCAGAUUAUCUUUUUCUUGCACAUUAUUUGUGCAAGAAAAAACUUUAUCCUAUACAGGAAAAAGUAUUUUCUUGCACAAAUAAUCUGCAUUCUGCAUAAGGAACAGGGUUUUUCUCCCAGAUUACAUUUGCAGGGCUCACACAUUUUGAAGUCAGUUUAGAGUGAGAUUUCGUGGGGAAAGGCAGGGGUAGGUGAGGGGUUAUGAUUGUGUUGUAGGCGUUGGGGGCAGAUUUUCAGGCCUUCAGGUCAGGGGUAGAUGGCUGACAUCUUUGAAACAAAUGUAACGAUUAAUGUUUGCAUGGCCAGAAUAUAAAUUCUUAAAUAUGUAAUAUUACAACUAAAAGUAGCCUCCUGACUAAAAUGGACUAUGCA